UUAGGCAGCGUCAGCAGUUACAGCGCCGCUGUGGCACUAGCGAUGCGGUCUAUAAAAGCCGCUGCUUCCCGAUAAUAAAGGUUCUCUUUGUUGUUGCUUGUUGAAGGUGAAGGACGCUUUUCUUUCCGCCUCGUCGCGACACAAACAUGGUGUCAGAAGUGGCGCCUGCAGAUCUGAGGCAACACGGCUAUCGGACGUCAGACUAGCCCUGAAACAAGGACGCAUCGGGCCCACUGAACAGUGCUAGACGCCGGACAAGCCACCAGGUACCUUACAAGGAAAGACCAAGUAAGAUGGCUUUGUUUCAAAUUGCUCCACCCGAGCCCUUCAGCUUCGCAACACCCAACGACUGGCCUCCCUGGAAACAGCGAUUUCUUCGCUUCCGAACUGCGUCUGGACUAGACGGGAAGCCAGAAAAGAGUCAAGUAGAUACAUUGGUGUAUCUAAUGGGACCUCAGGCCGAGGAUAUCUUCAAAACGUUCAAACUUGAACCUGACGACCAGAAAAAGUUUGAGGUCGAACUGCAGGAGUACGAGGCCUACUUUGUUCCUCGACGGAACAUCAUUUAUGAAAGGGUUAAGUUUAACACCCGAACGCAAGAAGACGGUGAAUCCGUCGAGGAUUUCAUUACCGCACUGCACACGCUUGCUUCCACGUGCGACUACGGGGAGCUGCGAGAAGAUUUAAUUCGAGAUCGUCUCGUGAUGGGCCUGCAAGAUCGUAAAAUCUCGAGAGCUCUGCAACUCGAUCCGGACCUAAAACUACAGAAAGCAUUGUUGGUGGCACGACAGCACGAGACCGUCAACCAACAGCAGGCAGAGCUUCACCGCGUGCGAGAACAGGAAGUCCACCAAAUACAGUCCCAGAAGGGUACGCGACAAGUGGGGAAGAACGUGUCUCCGCCUGAAAGUGGAACCAACGUUCCCAAACAAUGUGGGUGGUGCGGAAGAAACAGGCACAAUCGAGCGUCCUGUCCAGCGAAAGAUGCAGUCUGCAGAAAGUGCGACAAAAGAGGACACUUCGAGGCGGUUUGCCGAUCAACCAGAGCUGUCAGGAACGUCGAAAACCGGACCGAGGAACCAGGUUUCCUCGGAGUCGCAUCCCAUUCAUCGGCUUACAGGUGGGAAGUUCCAGUACUUGUUGAAUCUUCGAACGUCGUAUUUAAAAUAGAUACUGGCGCAGACGAAGCGGUCGUUCCGGCGGAGCUCUUCAAUCGCAUUUUUCCCGCGAUAAAGCUUCAACCAGCAAGGCGCCGGCUUCAGGGACCGGAUGGUAAAUCCCUUGCCAUAUCUGGUAUGGCUGUCAUGAAUAUGACGUUUGCGGGAACGAACAGCCGCGAAGACGUGUACGUACUUCAAGGCCUCCGAACCCCUCUUCUUGGGAAACCAGCGAUAGAAAGGCUCUGCGUACUACCACAAAUCAACGUAAUAAAGAAACUAGACCCCGAAUCUGAGUUUCCACAAGUGUUUCAGGGACUGGGUACCUUCAAAGAAGAGUAUGACCUCAAGUUGAACCCUGAAGCAAAGCCUUUCGCUCUGUCGUCCCCACGCAGAGUCCCCCUGCCUUUGUUCGAAAAAACAAGACAAGAGCUCGAGCGGAUGCAAGCACUAGGCAUCAUUUCUCCUGUCACCGAGCCUACUACAUGGUGCGCACCUAUGGUUAUCGUUCUUAAACCCUCUGGUGCUGUUCGAAUCUGUGUCGACUUCACGGAACUCAACAGAUACGUUCAACGAGAAUGGCAUCCCAUCCCGGCCGUCGAGUACACCAUCGGAAUGCUACGGGGAGCGAGCACGUUUUCGAAACUCGACGCGAACUCGGGCUUCUGGCAGAUACCGCUGAGUGAAGGGAGCAAGGAAUUCACAACUUUUAUCACGCUGUUCGGACGAUUUUAUUUCAACCGGCUUCCAUUCGGAAUAUCGUCGGCCCCCGAGCAUUUUCAAAGACGAAUGGGGCAGGUUCUUUCAGGACAGGAGGGAGUCGUCUGCCACAUGGACGAUGUGCUUAUUUGGGGUGCCACGCAGGCGCAGCAUGACGAGCGGCUUCGGGCAGUGAUGAACCGCCUCCGCACAGCGGGCAUUACUUUGAACCGAGAUAAGUGCGAGUUCAGUGUCACCCAGAUUUCAUUUUUGGGACAUACAAUCGGGAACAACGCAGUGCGUCCUGAUAACCAAAAGCUUGACGCGGUGACAGAAAUGCCACAUCCGACGUCCAAGACAGAGUUACGGCGCGUGAUGGGCAUGGCAAAUUAUCUGGCCCGUUUUGUGCCCCGCAUGGCGGAAGUCCUUCAGCCUCUUUCUUUCAUGAUGAGCUCAAGACAGGAUUUUGUGUGGGGCCCCACGCAAGAAGCCGCCUUCAAGAAGUGGAAAAUCCUUCUUUCAUCGGACCCUGUUCUGGGAAUCUACGAUUCAAACAAGGAAACAGUGGUGACAGCAGACGCCUCAUCGUACGGUCUUGGAGCUGUCCUGCGCCAAAGGCAAGAAGACGGUCAGUUCAAAGUGAUUUCUUAUGCUUCCAGAACUCUUACAACCACCGAGCGGCGAUACGCCCAAAUUGAAAAGGAAGGACUUGCCCUCGUGUGGGCUAGUGAAAAGUUCCGUGAUUAUCUCGUAGGAAAGCACUUCAGCCUCGAGACAGAUCACAAACCACUCGUGUCUUUGUUUGGGUCAAAAGGAACUGAGGAAUUAACACCGAGGCUACAAAGAAUGCGCAUGCGUCUGAUGCGCUACACGUAUGACAUUGUGUAUGUUCCAGGCCGGGACCUGACGGUGGCGGACGCGCUUUCUCGGUCACCUCUUCCACAAACGGAAUUCACGGAACUGGAGGGCGAGAUACAGGGCUAUCUGCGAUUGGUGGCUUCGUCAGUCCCGGUAACAGCGCCGAGUUUACAGCUUAUCGCCCAGGAGCAAGAGCAAGAUCCGGACAAGCCCACUGAAGAACGGAUACAGCCCCGCCGAGCUGCUCAUGGGGAGACGACUGCGCACGGCCCUGCCUACGUCCAGCGAAAGCCUUCAGCCUCGGACGCCAGACUUCCAAAAACUGGCAGCUUUCGAGAAGUCGCAGCGUCAGCGCCAGAAGAGAGACUACGACCGACGCCACGGAGUGCGCGAUCUGCCCGAGCUUUCCGAAGGAACAGACGUAUGGAUCGUAGACCUCCAAAGAGGAGUCGUACGAGGAAGCACCGACGAGCCCAGAUCGUACUGGGUCGAUUCCAGGGAAACUUCUCUACGCAGAAAUCGCACUCAUCUCGUCCCGCUGCCUCCGACCAGUUUAGAAGACGGCCGAGGAACAACGCAACUGACAGCGGAAUCGUCAGAAAUAUGCAGCGAUGAAUGAAGCAGAGCGCAGCAGUGUAACGAUCCCUGUCACAAUCACACACGAAGCGGAAGGUGUGUGAUUCCUCCAGAACGAUUUCAAGCUUCGUAACAAG